GAGGGCGCAGCAGGGGCCCCGCCAUGUCGACCGAGUGGCUGCGGCGCUUGCGGCGGGGCGGCCCCUCCGAGCGGCCUGGCGGAUCCCCGGGUCCCGGGCCGGGCCCACCGCCCGCCGCCCUCGGCUAUCGCCGGCCUAAGUUUCUGCGUGGCGUCGAGGAGAGCCCGCGGGACGGGCGAGCCGUGCGGGGCACCGGGCCCGAACGGCCACUGCCCUGGGGCGCGGGCUACGCCGAGGUUAUCAAUGCUGAGAAGUCAGAGUUCAACGAGGACCAGGCAGCCUGCUACCAGAUCUCCAUCCGGAGGAGAGAGCCAGGCAUGGAGGAGGAUGAGGAAUGGCUGAUCCUGUGCUCCACACAGUUUCUGACUGGUUACUACUGGGCGCUGUUUGAUGGCCAUGGUGGCCCAGAAGCUGCCAUCAUUGCCUCCAACUAUUUGCACUACUGCAUCAAGCAGAAGCUGGAGGAGGUUGUGGGAGGCAUCACAGAGGCCCAUCCCCCCAUGCAUCUGAGUGGACGCUGUGUUUGCGACAGUGACCCACAGUUUGUGGAGGAGAAGCACAUCCAUGCAGAAGACCUGGUUGUAGGAGCUCUGGAGAAUGCCUUCCAGGAAUGUGAUGAAGUCAUUGGCCAGGAGAUGGAAGCCACCAACCAGACAGGUGGCUGCACUGCUCUGGCUGCUCUGUAUUUCCAGGGAAAGCUGUAUGUGGCUAAUGCUGGGGACAGCAGGGCAAUUCUUGUUCUGAAGGACAACAUUGUGCCCAUGAGCUGUGAAUUCACACCCCAGACAGAGAGGCAGAGAAUCCAGCACUUGGCUUUUCUCUUCCCCAAGCUCCUGGAUGGUGAGUUCACACGUUUCGAGUUUCCACGGAGGUUGAAGGGAGAUGAUGUGGGUCAGAAAGUCCUGUACAGAGAUUAUUUCAUGGAGGGCUGGGGAUACAAGAUCGUGGAGAAAGCAGAUCUCAAGUAUCCUCUUGUCCAUGGUCACGGCAAGCAGGCUCGGUUGCUGGGGACUCUGGCUGUCUCGCGAGGUCUGGGGGAUCAUCAGCUCAAAGUCAUUGACACUAACAUUGAAGUCAAACCUUUCCUCUCCUGCAUUCCCAAGGUGAAUGUAUUUGACUUUGCUCUGCAUGACAUUAAGGAAGAUGAUGUCCUCAUCAUGGCAACUGAUGGCCUUUGGGAUGUUCUGUGCAAUGAAGAGGUGGCUGAUAUGGUCAGGAGCUUCCUUGCAGAAAACAGGACAGAUCCUCACAGAUAUUCAGAACUGGCCAAGUGCUUGGUAUGCAGAGCACGGGGAAAGAAGAGAGGCCACCAGUGGAUUCUGGAUGACAGCCAUGAGGCAUCCUAUGAUGACAUCUCUGUAUUUGUCAUCCCACUACACAACAGGGAUGAGGACUGACUGACAUGCAGGACCUGUGUCCCCUGCUGUGGUACUAUUCAGCAUCAGCCUGAGACUGAGGGAUUUCUGCUGUGCCUGCACACUUGCUUCCAGCAAAACCAUCUGCAGCAGAACCUGAAAAUGCACAGCCAGCACUUACACAGACCAACAAGAAUAGCUCAAGAAAGAGAAGAACAGUGGGCAACAAAUCAUUCCCUUUACUCUUCCUCUUUGUUGGGCUGAAGAGAAAUUGCAAAGCUGGAAGGUACUACACACUGCUGAGAUCUCUGCGGUACAAUGAGCCUCAACUCUAAGUUUCUUGUGACCCCUCUUUCUGUUUUAUACUGAAGAAUGAGGGCGAGUCAAGAUGUGACCAGUCUCGAGAGCUGGAUUUUUAAUCAGACUUAAACUAAGUUGUGUAAAACUGGAUGCAUAAGCUGAAGUGGCUUUCAUAUCCAUUUGCUGCAACAUGAGGUGUGCUGAAAACCCAGGAGAUGCUGCUAAGACAGCACUGAGCAUGGCUGUGCCUGGCUAGUGCCAGUGCUGGAGCAGUAGCCUCAGCUUCUUGUGAAGGUUGCCAUAUGUAGGCAGCACCACCUCAACCAGAGGUGUAAGCAGAUGAAGCUACACAGGGGUGUACAGGAGCCUCCUGUAUAUAAAGAAACGUGCCUUACUGUUAGCUAAGGGCAUUUCAGUAAAUCAGCAUGUAAUGCAGUGUACAGAUUUCUAAGAAAUCUUAGUCUCCAACACUUGCUAACACUUUCUAUUCAUUCAGGUGAUUUCUGUGGGCAAAGCUGGGUUUAUAGCAGUAGCACUGAUGAGAAUCAAAGUGUUUAAGUACAUCAGCUGAUGUAGUAAAAAAGCUUCAAGUAAAAUAAAACCAGUUUGUUCAAA